AUGCAGACAUCUGGGUGCACCAACAACACAGUGUUUUUAGGCUUAAAGCAGUGCCCCGGCCCCCAGCUGCCCGCCCCACACGGCUGGGAGCCGCCUCACGACGGGCCCGGCCCGGCGGCUCCGCAGCCCGCGGGGCUCACCGAAGGGCAAAGCCCGGAGGCGGCCGCCUGCUCUGAGGCGGUCCCGUCCCCUGAGGGGAGAGAAGGACGGGGCAGCGCUGUGGAGAUUUUCUCCUCGCCCUCCUCCCGGGCGCGGGAAAGAAGGACAGAAAGGCGAUGCCCUCACGGGGCCCGCGCCGAGCGCGCCCGGCUCCAGGAAAAUCCCCGUCCGCUUUCGUGGGGCAGGGGGUACCUUCCCCGGCCAGGCCCGGAGGAAGCGAGCCGCUCCAGCGCGGCGACCCACAGAGUGCGGCGGUGGCCUUGCGUCCUACCUGAGGGCUGCGCAGCGGGCGGCGGGGCCCGGGCGGGCAUGGCGGCGGUGGGGAAGAGGCGCGGGGACGCGGCCGGUUACCUGAGGCCUCCCGCGGCAGCCGCCAUCGAGGGGGAACCCAUGUCACGGCGACAGGAACAGCGUCGCGGCGGCCCGGCCCCCUCCCGGCGGCCACCUCCUCCUGCCCUGCCGCCACCGCCCACUUGGCCCCGCUCUUCCCGUCAGCCCCCGCACUGCCACCGCCCUUGGAACCGGCGUCACUCCCAGCAACGGCCGCGAGAACGCGAAGAAAUAAAAAAGCGAGAUGGGGCAAUCAUCGUUCCACUUUUCAUGUCUCUGUGUGACCAGAGGGUAAACAUCUUGAACUUCAGAGUCUGCAUACCACCUAAUCCCGAGGGAGUCCCCAGGGCCUGUCUGCAUUGAGCUGAAACCUCAGUUCUUAAGCAUCAGGAUCUGCCAGAUUUACAGCCUUCAAAGAGUAGCUUAGCAUCCAAAAUAGUGUAAAGCCUGUGCUGACCUGGCAGGACAGAAGCAGCAACAAGGGAGCUGAAAGGAUAGACAACAGCCCAGUUCAUCGGCACAGGCGUGAAGAACUGCACACAGAAAAGGAACAGGGCAGCCUUCCUACUAUAGUUGUGUCCAGAGCUGGCUGUCACUUCUCCACACAGACGAUGGCACCUGAGCCGGUUUGGAAUCUACAGUUCUAACAAGUUCAGCCAAGUUUUGUAAGCUGAAGAUCUCCGUUUAUCUUUAUUGUGUCAAUUGCUGACAGUGUUUCAAUACGGUGGUAAAAAUCAAAGAGCUGAUGUCCAUCCACAAAUAUUCUAAAACGGGGAUGCUCACAAAGUAUCUCAACCUGUAAAAAAUAAAAUGAUGAACCGUG